AUGCAACCGCACGAACCUUUGUAUACAUUGAUUGGUCAUACCGCCAAUGUUUGCGCUCUUGCCGUCACACCGACAGGACACAUAGUAUCUGGAUCAUGGGAUAAAACGGUCAUUGUGUGGAAAGAUUUCCAAUUGGCGUAUACAUUGAAAGGACACGAAGCAGCCGUGUGGGCUGUGCUGCCCCUCAACGAUGACACGAUCCUAACAGCGGCGGCUGACAAGACGAUCCGGCUGUGGAAUCAGGACAAGCAAAUCAAAGUAUUACAGGGACACACGGAUGCUGUUCGAGGUCUGGCACGCGUUCCCAAUUUUGGAUUUGUAUCAUGCGCCAACGACGGAACGCUACGUGUCUGGACGGAGAGUGGUGAAUGUAUGCAGGAGCUGAAUGGCCAUACUUCAUUUGUGUAUUCGGUGGCUGUACUCGGCUCGGGCGAAUUUGUUUCUUCGGGCGAAGAUCGAACGGUCAGAAUCUGGAAAGACGGCCAAUGUGUUCAGACCUUGCAACAACCUUGCAUCUCGGUGUGGACGGUCGCCACGCUUCCAAAUGAUGACAUUAUUGAAUUCGAUACAUUGCUGGCCAAUCAAGCGAUUCCAUCAAAUCAAAUCGGCGAUAUCAACAAGGAAAAGUUACCUGGCAUGGAAGCUUUGAACACGCCCGGCCAGAAAGAAGGCCAGGUGAUCAUGGUCAAUGUGCCUGGUGGAGCCGUGGAAGCGCAUCAAUGGAGUGGUCAAACGCAAACGUGGCAAAAAAUUGGUGAAGUAGUAGGCGGGGUUGGAUCAGGAAAAAAACAAAUUUAUGACGGACAAGAAUAUGACUAUGUAUUUGAUAUUGAUAUCGGGAACGGUCCUUCUGGCAUGCUGAAAUUACCUUACAAUGUCACGCAAAAUCCCUAUGAUGCGGCACAAAAGUUCUUGUGGAAACAUGAACUGCCCCAAAUGUAUUUGGACGAAGUGGCCAACUUUAUCAUAAAGAAUGCAGAAGGCGUAGAACUCGGUACAUCUUCCACAAAUUAUGCAGAUCCAUUUACCGGGGGUAAUCGAUACACACCUACACAGCGCCCACCGUCAUCUACAUCCGGGGCUGGGUUCUCCGAUCCUUUUACAGGUAAUCUCUACAAUGUAGGCGGUUCAUCGUAUCGCAAUCCUUCUGCUCAGUCUGUGCCGGCUACCAAAGGUCCCGUUCCUCGAUCGGCCAUACUACCCUUGAACAGCUAUCUGGCGUUGAAGCAGACGAACCUAGACGCUAUCCAUACCAAACUGCAAACACUUAAUCAGAACAAUCAAUCGGUGGCAUUAUCGGAUGCAGAAUUAACAGCUCUCGGUAAAGCGAUUCAAUUUCUGAAAGCUGGCUCCGUCGGAAUGAUGGACAGUGAUGGAAUGCAAGUGAUUGUCAAACUAUGCGAUCAAUGGUCGGUGAAUCAGCGAUUCCCUGGAUUGGAUUUACUACGCUUGUGCACAUUGUAUGCUCCCGAAUCUGUAGCGAGUGCUGUUCCUACGGGUGAUGUGCCUGGUUUCAUUUGUUCCGCUGGUGGACUUGCCAAUGGUGUUGUGGGCGAUAAAAUUGCAGAAACCAAUGCCAUGCUGGCGUACCGUGCCCUUGCCAACUUGUUCAAUCAGGCCGAGGGUCGACAUAUGGCAUGGAACAGCAAAAAUACGAUCGCCGAAGUACUGCAGAUCGAUAUUGUGAUGAAUUUCAAGGGAAAAAUGGCUCGACUGGCCAUCAGUACAUUGGCCAUCAAGUAA